CACUUAAGUAACUUUGUUUCUCCGCUACUCAUAAUUUUCUCGCGCGCUGUGCAAUAUCAAAUGGUUCAAACAGAGUCAUGCUACACUCCCUGUGCUUAGGGCUGGUAUAUAGUCCACUUUUUCCUACUUCCUAUCCACUUUUUCCCCCUCCUACCCUCAUUCUCCCACCUCCCUUAGCUUCUAAGAGACUUUACCUCGUUUUACUAUAUGUGCAUGUUAUCAUGAAUAAAACAGAACAUUUUAGAUCAAGGAACAAUUGUUCUGCCAGGGGCCCGAGGUGUAGGAGCUAAUAAUGACGCUCGUGCAGAUUCUGUUGUACACUUAGCAUGAGCCCACAUAGGUCUAUUUAUGUUAGAAU